GAUCGAACGGUCGUGUCGUAUGGUAUAAACGGGCAGAGAUAGUGCCCCUCUGUACAGUCGAGGCCGGUCAGUCAGUCGCAGGCAGACUGCGGAACACAACACUAUAUUGCACAAUGCGUUGGCUGCACACAGUAGCGGUGGCGUGCUUGCUGCACGCGGCGGUGCCGGCAGAGUACCUGCUGCCGGGCGACGUGGUGCCCUCCCACUACCACCUCAAGUACGCCUUCGACAUCGACCCCGCCACCAACUUCAGCUACUUCGGCGUCGUUGAUAUAUCCCUAAACGUGAAAAAGGCGACGUCGAAAAUAGUCCUUCACGCAAAUGACAUUUUGAUCGCGGACCCUAUCAUCCGCUCGGGUGAUACACCAUCCCACAAGGUGACGGGGUACAAGGUCAAUGACACCUACAGCCUGAUGACCAUCACCCUGGACCAGGAGCUGCAGCAGGAUGAGAACUACACCCUCACCAUACCGUUCUACGGCAACAUCAAGCAUGGACUCGAUGGGGCCUACAUCAGUACCUAUGUCGAUCAGAUGACCAAGAAGAAAGAAUACCUGAUUACAACGCAGUUCGAGGCGAUCUCCGCUCGCAAGGCGUUCCCUUGCUUCGACGAGCCGAUGUACAAAGCAACCUACUCCAUCGUCAUUGGCCAUCACAAGGACUACACUGCCAUUUCCAACAUGCCUCUCGAGAACUCUGUUUCAGAAAAUGCCCUCGAGGACCACUGGCCAUGGAGUCAAAUUGAAAAGAAAUUCAAGAAACCCAAGUCUGAUUUCGUAUGGGACUCGUAUGAGAAGUCGGUGGCUAUGUCCACCUACCUGCUGGCCUUCGUGGUCUCCAAAUUCUCCUUCGUCCAGAGCCCCUCGGAUCUCUCGAAUACUAAGUUCAGGAUAUGGGCACGACCUGAUGCAUUGGACCAGACUGCAUACGCCUCGACAACUGGUCCCAAAGCCCUGACGUACUUCGAGCAAUGGUUCAACCUGAGCUACCCGCUGCCCAAGCAAGACAUGAUCGCCAUUCCAGACUUCGCGUCAGGCGCCAUGGAGAACUGGGGCCUCAUCACUUACAGGGAGAAGGACCUGCUGUAUGAUGAGAAGCAAUCUUCCUUCUUGAACAAGGAGAGAGUUGCUACUGUAAUAGCCCACGAGCUGGCCCACCAGUGGUUCGGAAACCUGGUCACCAUGAAGUGGUGGUCAGACCUCUGGCUGAACGAGGGUUUCGCGACCUUCGCAGCCACUGUCGCGGUGAACCACGUGGAACCGACGUGGAACGCAGACAAGAGCUCCGCUGUCAAUGAUAUGCUGCUCAUCCUGAACUUGGAUUCUCUUGAGUCUUCACAUCCCGUGUCAGUCCCUAUCGAUGACCCCAAGCGUAUCUCAGAGAUCUUCGAUGACAUCUCCUACCAAAAGGGAUCCACCCUCAUCAGGAUGAUGACCAUGUUCUUAGGAGAUGAAGUCUUCAGGAAGGCCAUUAACAACUACCUUCGCAAGUAUUCCUACGACAACGCGGAACAGGACGACCUCUGGCGCGAACUGACGGCGGUCAGCAAGAAGUACGGAGUGCUGCCGGGCAACGUGACCGUCAAGGAUAUCAUGGACACCUGGACCACGCAGACUGGGUACCCCAUCCUCACUGUCACCAGGGAUUACGAGGACAAGUCCCUCACUGUGUCGCAGCGUCGCUACCUAUCCCUGGCGGCGCGCUCGACCUCAUUGACCUCAUGGUGGGUGCCCCUGAGCGUGGUGUGCGAGCCGGAGACCCGGGGCGCGCCGCCCGCGCUGCGGUGGCUGGCCGCCAACCAGGGCCUCACCUCGCUGCACCGGUUCGAACAUGGAGCCGAGCGGGACCAGUGGCUGCUGUUCAACCAUGAUAUGAUCGCUCCAUACCGCGUGAACUAUGACCCUCGCAACUGGCAGCUGUUGUCCAACGCGCUGAAGUCCAACGACUACACGCGCGUGCCGCUGCUGGGCAGGGUUCAACUCCUGUCUGAUGCCUUCGCACUCGCCUGGACCAACCACCUCGAUUACUCCACCGCACUCAACUUAGCCUCCUACCUCCAACAUGAGACGGAGUACCUCCCUCUGUACACCGGCCUCCGAGGGUUGAUGCAGAUCGAGAACGUGCUGAAACGGUCUCCGGACUACGGCGCCUUCCAGAAGUUUGUGAGGAAGCUCAUCGGCGAGAUCUACGAGAGGUCGGGAGGACUCGCCACCAAGAAGAUCAUCAACGGACACGACCUGAACAGCGUCAAGAUGCAGGCGACAAUAAGCUCGUGGGCGUGCCGUAUGAAGGUCCCUGGCUGCGAGGAGAACGCCAUCCAGCUCUACAAGCAGUGGAUGGACACUGAGAAGCCGGACGAGAACAACCCCAUCCCGCUGGACCUGCGUCGCACGGUGUACUGCGUGGGCGUGUCGCGCGGCGCGGUGGCGGAGUGGCGCUGGGCGCUGGCGCGGGAGCAGCGCGCCAACGUGGCGGCCGCGCGCUCCGCGCUGCUCGCCGCGCUCACCUGCUCCAAGGACGUCUGGAUCCUCGCGCAGUACCUGGAAUGGACAGUCACAGAAGGGUCUGGCGUGCGCAAGCAGGAUGUACUGCCCGUGAUCGUGAACAUCAUCAGGUCGCCCGUCGGAUACUACGUCGCCAAGGACUUCAUCUACACGAGGGUCGACGAGAUUUACAAUACGUUCAAGGGCCAGUACAGGCGUAUGGGUGAAAUGAUCAAGACACUGCUGCAGCAGUUCACCACCCAGAGAGAGCUGGACGAGUUCCUGGAGUGGCGUGAAAAGAACGCCCAGUACCUGGUAGACUCUAAGCUGGCUGUGAACCAAGCCAUUGAGAACGCUCAAGUCAACAUCAACUGGAUCACAAAGAAUAGGAAGAAUGUCGUCGAUAAACUCAGGGAGUUUUCCACGUAAGGAGCUUAUACGUCACCGUUUGUCAGGGGAAUAACGAGCGAGAGGUUUGCGGGCAUUAAACCUUCGCAUCUACAAUAUUAUCCUGGAGUCACAGCAACUGAAAUUGGAAUAAAAUCUCCCCAUUUUUCCCUAAAUCGUGUUUUGUGAUUGUCAAAUUGUAAAUUUUCUGUCCAAAUUUCCCCUUGUCGGUUUCAAAAAUCGUGUUUCUAUGUAGGUAGCUAUUCUCCUGACAAAACUCGUGAAAUUAGCAACAAAUGAGGCCAGUUGGUCCGUAGGAGUCCUAGUGCUUGUAAGUAGUGACUAGUAGCUAGAUAAGUAGGCAUUGUAGUAAUUUGUAUGUACUUAAUGUGGCUGACAUUUUAAUAAAUCAAAGCUUCGCAAGUAGCGUGUCGCUUUAUUAGUAAUUCUCACAAAUAGCUGACCGACAAUCGACAUACCUUAAUGAAUUAAUUUUGUAUGAAAUAAAAAACGGCCUUUUCCUAAUCCGGCUUGCCCAUGAAACUGUAUGUAAAAAUGAUUUUAGAAAUUGAAUAUUUCAAUUUAUCAACAGUAUUUUGAAUCAGUAUAAUUUGACUUGAAAUGUUUAAUUUCUAUGAUCUGUCGAGUAGGUACUUAACUACACGUAGAACAAAACAGCCAAUCACUAGCAUUGUAGAACAAACGGUAGUUAGAAGCAAGUUUUAUAACAUUUAGUUUAUUUUUAGUCCGCGCCGACAGCCUGGGACGCCAUGGAAGGGACAGCCUAGCUUCAUGAGUUCUAUAUUUGCGAUACACAACAUUUCUAGAGCUCGGCUGAGGCCGUUUGAGUAUUACGUCGGAAAAUAGACUUUAUUGUGAUAGGAAUAAAGACUGUGACAAUGUUUCAGACAGUAAGAGUAUAAAUAUCCAAAUGAGGGGAAGCCCUUUCAACAUGUCUGAAUUUUUUAUUGUAGUAAUCAAAUGCUGACAGAUUUUUUACUUUUUCUAUGACUUGGCGAUGCUCUGCCGUGCACACAUUUUGUUUUUUUAAAUUAACUUCUGGCUUUAUGUGUUUGUGUUGCCAAUUAAUAAUUUUAAUGGCUUUAAUCGUUAGUUACCAGUGGACAAAACUAAAAUUUCUUCCAUCAGCCUCGUAUGUUUUUAUUUGUUAUUAUUUAUGCAUUUAAUUUUAAGUUUUAGAUGAAUCUUGAUAGAAAAAAUCUAAAGAAUUAUGUAUUUGUUCAAUUUUUUAUUUAAUUGUGGCAAUGAUAAUGGUGGUUUUAAUUCUAAUUUAAAUAAUUUGUAGAUAUUGGAUACCGUUGGCAUAAUGUGUAGUUAUGUAUUGUUAAUGGUAUAAUAACUCCGUCCAGUACAAGUUUAUGAAUCGUUACUUAUUUCAUAAAAAUACAAUUAAAAAUAAAUGUCUUUAUUAUAUUUA